AUGGAUACCUUUUCUUUUUUUUCUUUCUUGAAAACAUUUCAGUAUAAACCACAAAUAUUCUUGUCUAAACUAUUUUUUUUCUUUUCUUUAUCUUUUUUUUCUUUUCGUUAUCUUUUUUCUUUUCGUUAUCUUUUUUUCUUUUCAUUAUCUUUUUCUUUUCUUUCUCUUCCUUUCUUUUUUCUCUCUUUUUACUUUCUUUUCUCUCUUUUUUCUAUUUUUCUUUUCUCUCUUCUUUUCUCUUUUUCUUUUCUCUUUUCUCUCUUUUCUCUCUUUUUCUUUUCUCUCUUUUUUCUUUUUCUUUUCUCUCUUUUUUUCUUUUUCUUUUCUCUCUUUUUUUCUUUUUCUUUUCUCUUUUUUUCUCUUUUUCUUUUCUCUUUUUUCUCUUUUUCUUUUCUCUUUUUUUCUCUUUUUUUUUUUCUCUUUUUCUCUUUUCUUUUCUCUUUUCUCUUUUUCUUUUCUCUUUUCUCUCUUUUCUCUCUUUUUCUUUUCUCUCUUUUUUCUUUUUCUUUUCUCUCUUUUUUCUUUUUCUUUUCUCUCUUUUUUUCUUUUUCUUUUCUCUCUUUUUUUCUUUUUCUUUUCUCUCUUUUUUUCUUUUCUUUUCUCUCUUUUUUCUCUUUCUUUUCUCUCUUUUUCUUUUUUUUUUUCUCUUUUUUCUUUUUCUUUUCUCUCUUUUUUCUUUUUUCUCUUUUUCUCUUUUCUUUUUCUCUUUUUCUUUUCUUUCUUUUUCUCUUUUUUUUUCUCUUUUUUCUCUUUUUCUUUUCUCUCUUUUUUCUCUUUUUCUUUUCUCUCUUUUUCUCUUUUUCUUUUCUCUCUUUUUUCUCUUUUUCUUUUCUCUCUUUUUCUCUUUUUCUUUUCUCUCUUUUUUCUCUUUUUCUUUUCUCUCUUUUUUCUCUUUUUCUUUUCUCUCUUCUUUUCUCUCUUUUUCUUUUUCUCUCUUCUUUUCUCUCUUUUUCUUUUUCUCUCUUCUUUUCUCUCUUUUUCUUUUUCUCUCUUCUUUUCUCUCUUUUUCUUUUUCUCUCUUCUUUUCUCUCUUUUUCUUUUUCUCUCUUCUUUUCUCUCUUUUUCUUUUUCUCUCUUCUUUUCUCUCUUUUUCUUUUUCUCUCUUCUUUUCUCUCUUUUUUCUCUUUCUUUUCUCUUUUUUCUCUUUCUUUUCUCUUUUUUCUCUUUCUUUUCUCUUUUUUCUCUUUCUUUUCUCUUUUUUCUCUUUCUUUUCUCUUUUUUCUCUUUUUCUUUUCUCUCUUUUUUCUCUUUUCUCUCUUUUCUUUUUCUCUCUUCUUUUCUCUUUUUUCUUUUUCUCUCUCUUUUUCUCUCUUUUUCUCUCUUUUUCUUUUUCUCUCUUUUUCCUUUUCUCUUUUUUUCCUUUUCUCUUUUUUUCCUUUUCUCUUUUUUUCCUUUUCUCUUUUUUUCCUUUUCUCUUUUUUUCCUUUUCUCUUUUUUUCCUUUUCUCUUUUUUUCCUUUUCUCUUUUUUUCCUUUUCUCUCUUUUGAAUUGCCAAGUUAUAAACUCCCUGUAGAAAUUAUUUGUACUUUUACUCUUUUACCAGGCAUUAACCCAAUAGGCUUUACUCCACAUGCACUGCAACGUCCUGAAGUGUGCUACCCUAAUAAUUCUUCCCCUGGGGUACUACCUCAUGUGCGCCUAGAAAAAAGGAUAAAAAUUCCUCUGGUGGAGUCCAACAUCAACAAGAUGAGAAGUCCAGUGACUGUACGGAUUGCUCCUCCUGACACAGGAGUUCUUCACAGUCCAAACUUGAAUGACUUAAACUUUUUUUCUUUUUUUUCUUUCUUUUUUUUCUUUCUUUUUUCUUUUUUUUCUUUCUUUUUUUCUUUUUUUUCUUUCUUUUUUCUUUCUUUUUUCUUUCUUUUUUUUCUUUCUUUUUUUCUUUUCUUUUUUCUUUUCUUUUUUUUCUUUUCUUUUUUUUCUUUUCUUUUUUCUUUUUUUCUUUUCUUUUUUUCUUUCUUUCUUUUUUCUUUCUUUUUUUUUCUUUCUUUCUUUUCUUUCUUUCUUUUUCUUUCUUUCUUUUUCUUUCUUUCUUUUUCUUUCUUUCUUUUUUUUCUUUCUUUCUUUUUUCUUUUUUUUCUUUCUUUUUCUUUUCUUUUUUUUUUCUUUUUUUUUCUUUUUUUUUUUUCUUUCUUUUCUUUUCUUUUUUUUUCUUUCUUUCUUUUUCUUUCUUUCUUUUUUCUUUCUUUCUUUUUUCUUUUUUUACUUUUUCUUUCUUUCUUUUUUUUCUUUCUUUCUUUUUUUUUCUUUCUUUCUUUUUUCUUUUUUUCUUUUCUUUCUUUCUUUUUCUUUCUUUCUUUUUUCUUUCUUUCUUUUUUCUUUUCUUUCUUUUUUCUUUCUUUCUUUUUUCUUUCUUUCUUUUUUCUUUCUUUCUUUUUUCUUUCUUUCUUUUUUCUUUCUUUCUUUUUUCUUUCUUUCUUUUCUUUCCUUUUUUCUUUUUCCUUCCUUCUUUCUUUCUUUUUCCUUCCUUCUUUCUUUCUUUUUCCUUCUUUCUUUCUUUCUUUCUCCUUCUUUCUUUCUUUCUUUCUUUUUCCUUCUUUCUUUCUUUCUUUCUUUUUCCUUCUUUCUUUCUUUCUUUCUUUUUCCUUCUUUCUUUCUUUCUUUCUUUUUCCUUCUUUCUUUCUUUCUUUCUUUUUCCUUCUUUGUAAAUUGCUAAUUCUCACGUUGCAAUUUUUCCUUUUUUUAAAUUUCAGGUUUACAUCACUUAAACAAGAUCUGGAUUUCCCAAUAACUCCAGAUACAAGUGAUGUGCUUUCAGCCCUCCGGGAAGGGACGCGAAAACGUUCAAAUAUGACAGGUAGUGAAGAGGAUUCCAUGUUUGAGAGUGUAAAUAAUACAGCAAAAAGGAGGCGACAAGAAAGUAACCAUUCCACGGCCUCCUCCUCAUCUAUGCCCUCAUUGCCAGAUUUUCUCCCAGACUUGUCUCUCUGCAACUUCACCCCUUCUUCGUACAUGUCUCCUACCUCACGCUAUAUGGUGCCAUCAUCUGUGGCGAGUAGCAGUGGGUCUGUAACGAAUCCUUCCUCUGGAGUGAUAGCUGGUAGCAGUGGCAUGGGCACUGGUGUUAAACGACCAGUAGCACCCUGUGCCCAUUUGUCACAAUCAGAGAAUUCCCCAAAUUCCAAGAGGCCCCGGCAGGAAGUGAAAAACAAUCCCAUUCUGAGCUCCUUGAGUUCCAGUCAAAGAUACAGGCUUCACAAGAAAGAGACUGGCAAGAGAAAAAUACCGGAUUCACCUGAGUUACAGGAACCUAAUGCUUCCAAGGAGAACCAGGAGACGCAUUCUAGUGACAAUCAUCAAAGUUUUGAGAAGCCUGCUAGCAAAUCAACCAAAUUGAAUCGGUCUGUAACAGAGGCUGCAAAAAGUGAUGCUGAUCCCAGUCAACCUUUGGUUUCCAUGGCAACUACUGAUCACCAGUCGGAAGAGACACAGGCCAAUACCAGCGCUGGUGAAUCUAAAACGCCAGAUCUAAGGUCACGAAGAAAACAUCUUAGUUUUGCCACACCAGGCAUCAACUUGGAUAGAUUAUCUUAUGCCAAUGUUUAUGCAACCAAAGAAGACUAUGAAAAUGACCGCAAAGCUGAACAGGAACGAGUUGAAAAGAUGCUUGAUCGAAUAGCCACAGAAAAGAAAGUUCCAGGUGCAGAUAUACUUUCUGAAAAAAAUGUUGUUGAAAGCCGUGAGGAGACCACCCAAACUACAUCGGGCUUGACCGUUCCUUCCAUGACCAUUAGUUCAAGUUCCAAAGCAUUGACCUGCACGACUGCAGCCACCAGCCUUAUAGUAUCCUCUACAGCAGCCUCUCUUACGUCCAGCAGCAGUUCGCCUGCCAAAGAAACCAAUGCUGUAUCCUCCUCUUCCUCCACGCUGUCCUCGUCACCUCCCCCAACUCUUUCCUUGUCAAUAUUUUCUUCUGCAGCUUCAGCAGCAGCAACAACAUCAAUAACAACAACAACAUCAUCAUCAGCAAUGUUGCCGUCAACAAGCACACUGUCAUCCCUGCUUCAGUCAAACAGCUCUCCAAGCACUUCAGUGACGCCUUCAUCUACGACGUCCUUUAUCACAGUUCCUCAAACCACAAAAACAGAUCUUCCAUCAACAAGUACAAAGCCCACAGCAACCUCUAUAUCUCUAACACCAACAUCUACAGCUUCUGCAUUCCAGCCGUCAAUGUUUGGGAGCUCAGCUGCUACUACUACUACAUCAGUUCAGUCCCCAAGCACCUUCACCACAGCCACUGGAGCUGCAACUGCUGCUUCUACUCCUGCUACAGGUAUAUUCACAUUUGGCAAAUCAACACCUCCAGUUUCUCUACCCCAGUCCUCUACCCCAGCCACUUCUAACAUCCCAUCCACGGGAAUGUUUACCUUUAAACCAAGUGAUGCAGGCACUUUAAAGACAAGCUCAUCAGUAUCAGUACCUACGUCCAACCCUACUGGUAUUUUCACAUUUAAGACAACUGCAGACAGCACUUCUGCUGUUACAAGUCCAGGAUCGACUGAAGCCAACUUUGUUUUCGGUACUCCUACGACUAGUUCAAGCCUCGCAGCUUUUGGCUCUUCAAGUAAAGCCCCACCAGCAUUUGGUGUGACCACAUCAGGAAGCACCUUUGGCUCAGCAUCUUCAAAAUUUGGUGCAACUUCUGCCAGUAGCACGCCAGCAUUUGGAGCCACUUCACCCAGCCCACCAGUGUUUGAGGCAACUACAUCAGCCCCUGUGCCUGCCUUUGGGGCCAGUACACCAGCUUUUGGGGCUACUUCCUCAACUGCUACACCAGUAUUUGGAGCAAGUUCCUCAUCUAGCAACCCAGCUUUUGCUUCAACAACAUCAGUUUCCACUCCACUCUUUGGUUCAACAAAGACAGCCUUUGGUGCCACUUCCUCACCAUUUGGUGUGUCCUCGACAGCUUCCACUGCAUUUGGUGCAUCAUCAACUACUACCCCGCUGUUUGGGGCCUCCAACACCCAGACCACCCAGGCAAACACAAGCAGUACUGGUUCUUUCUCGUUUGACAGCAAUUCCAACACUGCUCGACAAACCUCUUCCACUUCAGCACCGUCAACUGGAUUCAACUUCACAUUCAAUACUGCCCCAACCUCUCCAAACACAUUCAACUUUGGCAGCACCUCUACGACGUCUGCAACUGGAACAACAACCACAUCAUCAGCAACCGCUUCUAGCUCGACUUCCAUCUUUGGUCAGCCUUCAAGCACCUUUGGCGGGUUCUCCUCAGCCAACCAAGACGGACAGAAAUCUAUGUUUGGGUCACAGAGUAGCAACCAAUCUGGCUUUAAUUUUAGUGGCUCUUCAACCAAUCAAACAACAAAUAUUUUUGGGCCAACCGGACAGCAGCCACAGACCUCUCUCUUUCAUAACAGUGAUCAACAACAGACUAGCCAGCCCUUCACUUUUGGUCAAGGAACCACUUCUGGAACUAACCCUACCCCUUUUGGCCAAAGCUCAGCCUUCUCAUCACCCCAGGCAUCAUCAUUUGGUUCAUUUGGGGCCAAACCAAUUGUUUUUGCUACCCCAACCAAUAAUACUGACAAACCAUCUCAGCCAACCUCAACCAUCUUUGGUUCCACACCCGUCUCUGUGGCCAGCCCCAAUGUUACACCCCAACCCAAACCCUUAUUUGGACAGGUAACCUCCCAACCAUUUGGAGGUAGUGGUACCACACCCUCAAAUACAGGUAAUACAGGACUGUUUGGAAGCACUCCUACGGGUCAGACAUCAACUCCUGCUGGUGGGUCAGCAACUUCUGGAAUUUUUACCUUUGGGCAGUCUCCUGGUACACAGCAGCCAGCAGCUAAUCCAAAUCAGGGAUUUGACUUCAGUGCCUCCAUAGGAGGAACAUCACAGUUUACCUUUGGGGGUAGAGUCAUGGGUAUAACUACAUUUUUUUUUCUCUCCUCUCUCCUUCUCCCCUCUCUCCUUCUCCCCUCUCUCCCUUCUCCCCUCUCUCUCCUUCUCCCUCUCUCCUUCUCCCCUCUCUCUCCUUCUCCCCUCUCUCUCCUUCUCCCCUCUCUCUCCUUCUCCCCUCUCUCUCCUUCUCCCCUCUCUCUCCUUCUCCCCUCUCUCUCCUUCUCCCCUCUCUCUCCUUCUCCCCUCUCUCUCCUUCUCCCCUCUCUCUCCUCCUCACAACUAUAA